CCAGCUCUGGGGAUGCACAGUGAGAGGGGGCAGGGUUCCCCCCACCAACCCAGCCCCAUAUUUUGGGUGGUUUGCAGGUGACAGUUGGUGGGACAGAGAGCAGUGAAGAUGGACUCCCCCAGAGGACUGUGGGAGGCGCGGGGGUGGCACCCCAAUCCUGCACCCCAAGAGGAGGACCAGGAACCCCACAUGCUACAAGAUCUCACACGCCCCCAGGGGUCUCUGCCUAGCUCGGAGAGGCAUGAGCGGCAGCGGGGCAGGACUGACCCGCCCUGGGAGCCUGGCGUCCAGGCGCCAGUAACAUUCGAAGAGGUGGCCGUGUAUUUCACCGAGGAGGAGUGGCGUCUUCUGGAUGAAGGGCAGAGGCGGCUCUACAGGGAUGUCAUGCUGGAGAACUACACCAACAUCAGCUUCCUGGGGUUCCCGGUCCCGAAACCGGCCGUGAUCGCCCGGAUGGAGCGAGGGGAGGCGCCGUGCGUCCUGGAUCUCCAGUGCUCUGAGGGGAGGGAGAUCCCAGGUGCCGGGACAGCGAGUGAGAAUCCCCGGCAGAGAGUGGAUCUGCGCGGGACAUUCCCCUGGACAUCCCAAGAGGACAUAUCCCAGAAUCCUUCGGGAGCAGAUCAGUGCAGGGUGUUCCCACGGAGAUCCCAAGAGGACGUAUCCCAGAAUCCUUUAGGAGCGGAUCUGCAUGGGCCGUUUUCAGGGCGAUCCAAACAGGACAUAUCCCAGCAUCCCUUGAGAGGGGAUCCACACAGGCCGUCCUCCACCCCGCGGCCCAGAAGGGCCCGUCCAGGGGCAGGAGCUGGGGGCCGGCUGGGGCUGCCCGAGGCCCCCCGACGCGGGGAGCGGCCCACCAUCUGCGGCGAGUGCGGGAAGGGCUUCCUGCAGAACUCGGACCUGGUGAAGCACCUUCGCACGCACACGGGCGAGCGGCCCUACAAGUGCACCCAGUGCGGGAAAAGCUUCACCCAGAGCUCGGCCCUGACCCAGCACCACCGCACCCACACGGGUGAGCGCCCCUACCCCUGCCCCCAGUGCGGGAAGCGCUUUACCGAGAGCUCCACCCUGGCCCAGCACCGGCGCGUCCACACCGGUGAACGGCCCUACCGCUGCCACCAAUGCGGCAAGGCCUUCAGCCUCAGCUCCACCCUGAAGAAACACCAGCGCACCCACACCGGCGAGCGGCCCUACAUGUGCGAGGCGUGCGGGAAGAGCUUCGGGGAGAGCUCCCACCUGGCCAACCACCAGCGCGUCCACACCGGGGAGCGGCCCUACCAGUGCAAGGAGUGCGGCCGGGGCUUCAACCACACCUCCACCCUCUUCAAGCACCAGCGCACCCACACUGGCGAGCGGCCCUACUGCUGCGGGGACUGCGGCAAGGCCUUCAGCUGGACCACGGCCCUCAAGCAGCACCAGCGGAUCCACACGGGCGCCAAGCCGUACCGGUGCGGGGAGUGCGGCAAGACCUUCAGCUGGAGCUCCACCCUCAACCAGCACCGGCAGGUGCACUCCGGGGAGAAGCCCCACGUCUGCCCCGAGUGCGGCCGCGCCUUCGCCCGCAGCUCCCACCUGGUGCAGCACCGGCUGGUGCACUCCGGGGAGAAGCCGUUCAAAUGCGGGCAGUGCCAGCGGAGCUUCAUCCAGAACGCCCACCUGGUGUCCCACCGCCGGCUGCACGCUGCCCCCAAACCUUACAAGUGCUCGGUGUGCGAUAAAAGCUUCGGGCAGAGCUCCCACCUCAUCCAGCACCAGGUGUCGCAUACGGGCGAAAAGCCUUAUAAAUGUCCCGAGUGUGGCAAAGGCUUCACCUGGAGCUCAGCGCUGGCCCAGCACCGGCGCAUCCACCGCGGCGAGAGACCUUUCGUCUGCCCGGACUGCGGCAAAAGCUUCAGCCAGAGCUCCAACCUGAGCACCCACCGGCGCACCCACACGGGCGAGAAGCCGUUCGUCUGCCCGGACUGCGGGCGCGGCUUCAGCCAGAACUCCAACCUGGCGGCCCACCGGCGCACCCACACCGGCGAGCGCCACUACCGCUGCUACGACUGCGGGCGGGGCUUCCUGGAGCGGGCGGCGCUGGCCGAGCACCAGCAGGGCCAUGCCGGGCAUCGGCCUUACACCUGCGGGCAGUGCGGCAAAGCCUUCGGGCAGAGCGCCAAGCUGGCCCAGCACCAGCGCAUCCACACCGGCGAGCGUCCCUUCCGGUGCGAGGAGUGCGGCAAAGGCUUCAACGACGGCUCCUACCUGGUCAAGCACCGGCGAGUCCACACCGGCGAAAAGCGCUACCGCUGCCCAGUGUGCGGCAAAACCUUCAGCCAGACCUCUAACCUCAUCACCCACCAGACCACGCAUACCGGAGAAAAGCCUUUCCGGUGUGGGGACUGCGGGCGUAGCUUCAUCCGCCGGGCUCACCUGGCUGCCCACCGGCGCACUCACACCGGCGAGCGGCCGUACCAGUGCGCCCAGUGCGGGAGGUGCUUCUCCCAGCGCUCCACCUAUGCCCAGCACCGCCGCACCCACACCGGCGAGCGGCCUUACCGCUGCCCCGACUGCGGCCGGGGAUUCAGCCAGAACUCCAACCUGGCGGCUCACCGGCGCAUCCACACCGGCGAACGGCCCUACCAGUGUGGCCAGUGCGGCCGGCGCUUUGUCCAGAGCUCUGCCUUUACCCAGCACCAGAAGACCCACAAGAAGGGGCGGGACUAGGGAGGGAUGCGGGGGGCCGGUCUGGGAACAGCUGUGGCUCACAGGAAGCUGUGCCACUAGGCAGGUCUUGCUCACAGGAAGUCGCCCCACUAGGACACAGUCUGGCUUAUAGAAAGUCGAUCCAUCUAGUGAGCCUCACUCAUGGGAAGUUGUGUCACGAGGCAGGUCUCACUCACAGGAAGUUGUCCCACUGGGUAGGACAUCUCUGACAGGAAGUCACCCCCUCUAGCAUGGGUCUUGCCCACAGGAAGUUGCACCCCUGAGGUGGGCUCACUUUCAGGAAGUCACACCCCCAUGCAGGUCUCUCUGACAGGAAGUUGCCCCCCUGUAGGGUGGGUCUUGCUCACAGGAAAUCACCCCCCCCUUGUAUCAUGCUCAAAGGAAGUCGCCCCCGUAGGGUGGGUCUUGUCCACAGGAAGUUGCAUCCCCAGGUAGGUCUUGCUCACAGGAAGUUGCCCCCUGUAGGGCAAGUCUCUCUGACAGGGAAUUGCCCGGCUAUAUGAGUCUUAUAUAUAAGGGUGAGUCCUGCUCACAGGAAGUUGCUCCUGGAGGACAAGGUCUUUCCACAGGAAGUUGCCCCUCAAAGUGGGUCUCACAGGAAGUUGCCCGCUUUGGGCAAGGUCUGGGCCAUGGAAAGCCACGCCCUCCUGUAGGGCCUUGUGCUCCAUUUGAUGUGUGUUGGGCACUGCCGAGGCCUAAUGGGAACCAUCUCACCUUGCCACCAUCACCCCGUCCUUAGCUACGUCACUAACCUGUGGCUAACUUGCCACGUGGUUGGAUGAGAAUUUUAGGGUGACCAGAUGUUCCGAUUUUAUAGGGACAGUCCCGAUUUUUGGGUCUUUUUCUUAUAUAGGCUCCUAUUACCCCCCACCCCCGUCCCGAUUUUUCACACUUGUUGUCUGGUCACCCUAGAUGAGAUCCACGAAGAUGCCUCAUUAUGUUAAUGAAGUCGCGGGUCUAACGAACCUCGUUAAUGAGGAAUGUGGACUUUCUUCUAGAGAAUCUCUUCUUGAACAGUAUAGAUGGAGAUUGUGUGUGUCCUUGUUACCCUCUCAUGGCUGGUCCACAAAAUAGGAUACAAGCCUAUUACAGCUGCUGGUGGAUGGAGUUAACGUGUUUAGUUCGUGAAGUAAUGGAUCGUACUUUUAUCACUGGAAGACCCAAUGUUCGAACCCCGCUGAUGACCCAAAACAGGGUCAUUCUACAAUUGUGCCAUAUUAAUGUGCUUAUUGACUGUGAGAGCUUCCUUCAUCGGCUUCAGAGGAAAGAAAUCCCUUUGAACAGACCAAGAUGCCAUUGGUGGGUUCUUCCAUAGGUCAUACCACAACUCCAUGGUGAUCCGUCUUCAGGUCAUGUCUAGCCACUCUUCUCCUCUUUGACUCUAUGGUUGGCUGGAGGACUGGAUCUUAUAGCCUCACCAAUACUAUAAGAAAUAGUUGGUUUCUAGAUACUGUAAAGAGAAACUUAACUAAGAUGCGAAAUUAGGGUCAUGGUUGAUAUUACAAAAGGCUAAUGAAUGAUCUGUGCAUGUUAUAAGGAUGUUACUGACAUGAGCAGCACAUACUAUAGAUGGUUAUAAGCCACAGUUAUUGGCCUAUCAGGACGGUAUAACAAUCAAUGAGCUAUUGAUCUAAACAGAGAUCUGAUUGUUUAUUAAUA